AUGGCUGGCGGAAGCCCUCCACAGUCUGGCCGCGAGGGCAUGAACGCGUCCUUCGUCAACACUUCACUGCUGGGUGUUGCGAUAUCCUUGCCGCUCAUCGCGACUGGAGCAACCAUUCUGCGAUGGUACGCAAGACGACUCAAAAAUCGAGCCACAACACUGCAUGCCGAUGACUGGAUGCUUCUCAUAACUCUGAUCCUCUGCUGGGCGCAUUCGAUAAACACGAUAGUUGCGGGUGGCAUAGGCGGGAUCAAUACCAUCAAAAUCCCACCUCGAGAGUAUGCCACUGUGGCACUAAGGACGUUAUGGAUAUCCACCCUGUUCCUGGUCUCGGCUCUGUACACCAUCAAAGUCUCCAUAUUGGUUUUCUACUACCAACUCUUCUCAGUCGCAACAUGGUUCAGAAGAGCCGUGAUUGGGAUGCUGGUCAUUCUCACUCUUUGGUUCGUGUCGUCUAUCAUGUUGGCUCUCCUAUCCACAGUCCCAUUUGAUGGAGCAUUCAAAGACGCAGCCACCGCAAAACACCGCUUCGAUUUCAACGCCUGGUACAUCAGCUACUCGGGCCUCUCCAUCCUCUUCGACGUCAUCAUCCUCUGCUUCCCCAUCCCCAUGAUCAAAUCCCUCAAAGUCACCACAAAGGAGAAGAUCUCCAUCCUCGGAAUUUUCUGGCUCGGCGGCUUCGUCUGCGUGUCCGCCAUCAUCCGCUUCGUCUUCCUAUACAACUCCAUCUACCGCCUUACGGACUUCGGCCAGAACCAGUACAGCUCCAUCACCGUGGCUUUCAUCUGGGCCGAAGUGGAACCAAACACCUCCGUCAUCGCCGCCUGUCUACCUACAUACAGGCCACUCUUCAAGAACGGUGUACUGCUGCCGCGAAUGGUCAGUUCCAUGCGAUCCGCGCUGGGUCUUCCGGCCAAGCAGGCGACGGGCAGCGAUGUGACUGGCUCGAACCCUAGCGAGUACUACCAGCUAGACAAGCCCAAGCGCACCAAAAAGAAUGACGCUUUGGUCAAGGAGAUGAUGAACAGCGGUACGCGCACCACGGCUUCGGAUAUCGAGGCCCACGAGAUGAUUGAUACCAGUCAGUUGGGGCGGAAAUGGGGUUACUGA